AUGGUCACCGGCGGGACAUCCGGAAUUGGCUUUGCUAUUGCCGAACGAUUUCUACAAGAAGGCGCAUCGACCAUAGUCCUCGUUGGCCGGUCUCAAACACGCCUAGAGGAAGCAGCCGCAAAGCUUGUCUCCCUCCGAGUUAUACCACCAGAUCUUGGUGAAAGCAGUAAUGAAAUUGCAACUCGCACCCCAGAGGAAGACAACCAGGAAAGCACGCAAGGAAAAAUCCGUCUACUUGUCGGAGAUGUAUCAGACGCCGGGUCAUGGAUGCGGGAACUCGAAAAGGAAAUGGCAAAUGUCGACAUCCUAGUCAACGCGGCAGGAAUUUCGAUAUCAAACAUUCUGCCAAGAUCCGAGCUGGAAGAUAUCUCCACCAUUCUACGUACUAAUCUCGAAGGCGCGAUUCUCACUUCACGCGCAUUCAUGCGUGCCUCUAUCCGGAGCCGGAUGCGGAACCGGAGUGAUGGGGCUAGUGGGAGCAAAGUCCCCUCGAAAUGCAUUAUUAACGUCUCCUCUCUACUCGCGCUCAAGGGCGGAACUGGCGCUGUUCCAUAUGCUGCCUCCAAAGCCGGCCUUCUUGGCCUGACACGAUCAUUGGCUGCUGAGGCAUCGGCUUCGAUGAAGGAUAUUGUCAUUCGGUCGAAUGCUAUUGUGCCGGGGUAUAUUGAUACACCCAUGGUUGCAGACUUCACACCCGGAGAAACAAGCAGGCUUAAGGAUCUUAUUCCUCUUCAUCGAUUUGGAGAUCCACGCGAGAUUGCCGAUGCAGCUGUGUUCUUGGCGGGGAAUGAAUAUGCCAACAAUUGUGUGCUCAAUCUCGAUGGAGGGCUGAGUGCCGUUUGA